AUGACGACUCAAAGUGAAACCGAUAAUAUUAAUGAAAUUAAUGAAGACAAUCAAACAAUAACAGUGAUACAAGAAUCAUCAAUAAAUGAAUCUGAUAAAAAUCAUGAAGAAUUAACUACAAUAGAAGAUGAAAACGAGCAAAAGAAUAGUUUAAUGCAUGAAAAAAACUCUGAAGAAAACAAUAGUAUUAAUGAUGAUACUGAAAUAAAUUCUAAUUCAAUAACAAAAGUCAAUAUUAAUGAAGAACAGGAACAACAAAAAGAAGAAACAACAGUGAAUAAUCAUGAGGAUGAUAAUCGAUCGAAAAAAUUAUUUAAUUCAAAAUAUAAAUACUCAUCAAUGAUAUAUCAUCGAUCACCAUAUUAUACAAAUGGUCAUCCAUAUGGGCCAGCGCCCUAUUAUUAUUAUCAUGUAGCACCAAUCAAUGAAAAACCACCACCGUUAAUGGUAAUCCCAACUCAACCACCAUCAACAGCAACAGCGACAGCAACAACAACUACAACAACAACAACCGAUAAUCAAACCAGUAAUUCAACAACAGCACCAUCUCAAAAUUUACCUCCUCGUUUGAGACAAAUAUCAAUAAAUGAAAAUGAUUCAAAUUUACAACAAUCAUCAUCUCAAGUAUCAACAACAACAGGUUCGCAACCAACAACAAAUGGUCGUCGUCAUCGAAGUAUUUUGCCACGUGGUAGUUGUAAUUAUUAUUCUCCACAUCCACCACCCUUGAUGGCAACACCACCCGGUGUUCUUUUCCCAUAUCCACCAACAUUUCAUCAAUCAGGUCAUAUUGCGUAUAACAUCCGAACACCUGAUGAACUUGAAUUACUUGCUUUUCAACAACAUGUAAUGAAUAUCCCACCACCACUUAUCUGGCCACCACCAGUAACAUAUCCUCAGUAUCCACCAUAUUCAAUGUAUGAAUCAUCAUCAUAUAUAUACAACAAUUCAUCAACGAUGAAUUCAAAUAAUUCAUCACUGAAUCCAGAAGCUGCUGAAUGGGUUCCACCAUCUACUGAUCCGGAUGUAUCAUCAUCAGAUAAUCAUAUUUUAAUUGACGAUGAAAUUAAUUUUCCACCAUUGAAUAAUAAUCGUAUAGAAGAAAAUAAUUCUGAUCAACAUAAUCAAGUUGAUUCUUCACCAGAAAUGGAUUCAAUUAAUAAUAUUGAAGAUAAAACAACAAUACCACCAUCAAAAAUUGAUACAACAAUAAAUAAUUCAUCAUCUAGUCAAGAUGAUAAUAAAAAUUUAUCAUCAUCAUCAUCAAAAUCAACAAUAAUAUCAUAUUCAAAUGUUAUUCUUCAAACAUUAGAUAUGAAUAAAUCAAAUAAAACUAAUAAUCAAAAUCAACGUCGUCAACAACCAUCAAUAAAUAAUAUACAAGCUCAAUUACCACCAAGAGAUCGAACAAUUAAACAACAAAAAUCACAAAUUCCUAUUCCAAAAGAUAAUUCAUCUCGUCGACGCCAACCAACAUCAAAUCGAAAUAAUUUUAAUGGAAUACGACAUUCAAUUUCAACAGAAACACCAAAACAAACACAACAACAACAACAACAACAGUUAGCUGAUGAUUGGAUUGAAGUUAAAUCUAAAAAAACAAAAAAAUUUGAUCGUUCAAUAAGCGAUAUACAAUAUGAAAAUUCAACAAUUAUAUCACAAAAAUCAUUGUCAGAUCAGCAAAUAACCAAAACAUUAUCACCACCAUCAUCAUUGUCCUCAACUAGUGAUAAUACAGUAGGAACAUGUACAUCCGAAGAAGAGGACGAUAAAGAUGAUGUAAAUAAUAUAUCUGAUAAUAAACUUGUUAUGAUUGUUGAAAAUAAAACUAUACCAACAACAACAACAACAGAAGAUUAUAAUCAAAUUAUUAUUGAUGAUAUUCAUAGAAGACUUGAUAAUGGUGAACGAUUAUUAAUUAUAAUGAGAGGAUGUCCUGGUUCAGGCAAAUCAACACUUGCUAAAUCAUUAAAUGAAGGUUAUAAUGGUCAGAUUUUAUCGGCAGAUGAAUAUUUCAAAGAUAAUAAUUCAAAUGAAUAUCGAUUCGAUCCAACAAAACUUGAAACUGUUCAUCUUUAUAAUCGUCGAUUAGUAUCUGAUGCAUUUAAACAAAAUAUAUCUCCAAUAAUUAUUGAUAAUACAAAUACAACAUCAUCUGAAAUGAAACCAUAUGCAACAAUGGGUAAAGAAGCAGGUUAUGAGAUUCUUCUUGUUGAACCACAAACACCUUGGCGUUAUAAAGUUCGUGAAUUAGUCAAACGAAAUCUUCAUAAUAUACCAUUGCGACGUAUAAAAGAAAUAUUAAAUAAUUUUGAACAUAAUGUAAAUGUUGAAAAUAUAAUUGAUCAAACAAAAAUAAAUCUAUUUAUACCAUGUCAACCUCAACAAAUUCUUGAACAACAUGGAACAGAUAAUGAAUCAAUUGAUCCAAUAUUAACAUCAAAAAAAUCUUUUAAUAUUAUUAAUGAUUCAGAUAUACUCAAUGAUGUUCGUCUUUGUAUAAAUGAUAUGAUUUUAUUUUUAACAUCAAAUUUUUAUCAAACAUCACAAUCAUUAACAUCAUUAACAAUAUCCUUUUCGGAUUUAUCAUUAAUACCAUCAUCAUCAUCACCAACAACACCAACAACACCACAUUCAUUAUUUCAUCGUUCAUUAUCACGUUUUUCAUCAACAACAACUAGUCAAGAUCAUUCAUUUACUAAUGAACAUCUUUUACGUUUACCAACAACAGCAUUUUCACGUUGUAUUGAGAAAUUAACACCACCAUCAUCAACUAAUUCAAGUAUUAUUGGAAAAAAACGACGAAAAAAUAAAAAUAAACAACAACAACAAUCAUCUAAUGAAAUUUUGCUUAAUACAAAUAAUAAUAAUAACAAUAAUAAUAAUCAAAUAAUUAAUGAAAAUGAUUAUCCUUUACAACAAUUAACAUAUAAUGUUAUUCUUGCAGAAGAUUAUUCUGAUUUUAUUAUUAUUGAUGAACAAAAUGACAAUCAUUAUUGCGAUAGUUUUAUUCAAAAUUUUGAUCAACGAAGAAAUUCUUACCGUACAUUAAAGAAAAUGUAUAAAGAAACAAUGAGGAAUCAUUCAUCAAUAAAUACUCAUCAACAAAAAUCAGACAAUAAUAAAAAAAAUGAAUUAAUCAAUAUAAUACAUGAUGAAUUAACAAAACCUUCUGUAAUAAUUGAUCAAUAUCCGUCCAAAUCUUUUAAUCAUAUUGCUAUACAAUGUUCAUCAAAUGAUUUCAAUCAAGAAAUUAAUUCAUCUUAUCGAAUUUUAAUUGGUCAUUUAUCAGCUCAAUCACCAAUUUCACCAUCGAUUCCAAUACGUCCAGGUUAUAUUGAAUGUGGUACACAAGUUGAUUUAAAUGAAAAUAAUAUUCAAUCAUUAUCACAUUUAAUUGAAUUAUAUUCUGAUCGUUUAUCAUCUAAAAUAAUAAAACAAUUUUAUGAUCUUUGUAAUUCUGAUAUUCAAUGGACACGAAUACAAAUUGAUGAAUAUCUUAAACAUAACAAUAAUAACAAUAACAAUAAUAAUGAUAUAUCGAUUAUACCAACACUUCGACAAUUAAGUUUUAAUGUUUUAAAUCAAUGGAAUGAACAAUUAAAAGAUUCAAAUCCAUCAUAUGAUACAAUAUCAAUUGGAGAUUUACUUCAAGAUAUUAGUGAUGAAGAUGUAUUUGAAGAAUUAAUAUUAGAUAAUGAAUUAAAUAAUAAUUCAAUAGAAUUUAAAGAUUCAAAUCAAAUGACUAUACCAUGGUCAAUUGUAAAUUCUUUACAAGAAUUAUAUGGUGAAUUACCAAUACAAUCAACUUCAUCUGAUAUUACUAAUGGUUUAUCUUUACCAUUAGAUGAUGAUCUUUCAAUGAAUAUUUAUCAAGCAUUACAAAGAUUUUUAGGUAUACCAAAUAAAAUAAAUAAACCGGUGAAUGAAAAGAAAUUAACUAAAGAGAAUAAAAAAUUAAAUAAGCAACGUUGGAAUUUACCCCCACAAAAUGAAUCAAAUAUAAAUUCAAAUAAGAAAACUAAUGGUCCAUCAUUAAAAGAAAUUAUUAAUGAAGAAUUAAAUUAUAUCAAUAGACAAAAAUCAGUACAGAAACGUCAACUUGAUUUUGCUAGUCAACUUAAAUUAAAAGAAUUAGAACGUAUUUUUCCAAAUUUUUCAGCUGAUAUUCUUUAUGACAUAUUUUGUGAAAAUGAAUCUGAUUAUGAUUUAACGUUAGUCUGUGUAUCAUCAAUGCUCGAUGAGAAUACUCCAAUUAAUGUUACUUCAAAAUCUCAAUCUUCCUCAUCAUCUAAUAUUCGUUCUUCCAUAACAACAAAAUCUAUUGCUGAACCAGCUAUUGAAUCUUAUGAAAUCUUACGGCGUGAUGCUCAUUUUCAUGCUUUAAAACGUAAAGAUUGUUAUAAUAAAGCUGAUCAAGCAAAUUGUCAUGGAAUGAUUGGUGUUGCAUCAUAUUAUAUAAAUCAAGCACGUGAGCAAACUCGAUUAAUGAAAGAUGCAAAUCGAAUAGCAUGUGAAUGUUUAUCAAAAACAAGACUUAUUCAAUUUCAUCAAACACAUCGACUUGACCUUCAUGAAUUAUAUGCAGAUGAAGCACUUCAUUUAUUUAAACAAGUCGAACAAGAAUUGAAUGAAGGAAAUAAACGAACAACACCAAAAUCUAUUGAAAUUAUAACUGGUUAUGGAAAAAAUUCACUUUAUGGUGGUGGCUGUGGAAAAAUACGUUCUAUUAUUCUUACUUAUAUACGACAAAAAAAUUAUAAAUAUUCUGAGCCCAAUAAAGGUACGAUUCUAGUGCAAUUUUAA